AUGGCGGCCACGAUGGGCGACUUUCCCCCAGACGAGAAACGUGACUCCGUGAGCUUCGCCGUCAGUCAUACGAUAGUUAUGAUCAAAAUAUAUUCAGUUAUUGCCAACAAAUCGUUGAUAAAAAAGCUGAACCAUAAAAUGAUAACAGUUUGUGAGAGAUACGAGGAAAGAUCCCAUUUUGUGACAGUCGUGACUUAUUAUCCAAAGUUUGAAGAUGACUCAAUACUCGCCACAUCCGGCCGUGUUCUAACAACAGUAAUUUUAUACAUCUUGAUGAUAACUAUGAUACUGUCUGUUGACUCAUUCACAAUGAUUUAUUUGAUCAUGUACAAGUACAAAUUUAUAACUCUGAAACAAUACUUCGAAAAUCUGCGAAAAGAAGUAAGUAUGCUCAAUGCUAGAAAGGAAUACGAUAUGGCGACCGAAAAAAUGGCGUCUGGUCUCAUUGAAGGAAUUCAAAUGCAUAACAAGCUUUUGAGGUUAUCUGGAGAUAUCGACAAAGCGUUCGGUACAGUGAUGGCGCUCCAAGUUUGUCAAAGCUCAGGCUCAGCCGUCUCUCUCUUACUUCAAAUUGCCAUUAAAGCAUUUACAGGGCAGAAAAACGCGCAUCUGCGGACGGUGAGGGUAGCUCGCCGCCCGACCAGAACCAGACGCGUAGCGCUCCGCGCGCACCUCAAAGAGCCAAUAGACGGGCUUGAUGUUCAGCCGCGGUUGCGGGCUAAGCGCAAUGAGUCAUCGCGGCCUCGGCCCAGAGUAGGAGAAGGAACGGGGGGGUCUUUAGUCAGUAAGAGUCUGAUACUGUCUCUCGCCAUACCCUGGGCGGGAGAAGUCAUUUGA